AUGUCCUCUUACUUUGGCGCUUCUGGUGCCUCAUCAGCGCCGGAUCCCUGUUCACGACAAAGUCCAGCCGCAAUCAGGUUUCAGAGAAAAGCAUCCACCGGAUCGGCACCUUCAGUUCCACCUCCAUCGGUACCUCCGCCGGAGAGCAGUGCUGACGAAGAGGAGCCAAGAGCAAGCACAAAUAACAAUUGCUCGUCCACAUCUACAGUAGCCGCCCCAACAAGAGAACCUACGAGAGUCUCUACUCUUAAAAGAGAAGAGAAGGAGAAAAGACAAAAGGAACGUAUGGAAAAAGAGAGGAAGGAGUUGGAAGAGAAACGAGUGAGAGAAGACGAAAUGAAAAAAGAGGAGAGUAAUCACACAACACAUCCAUCUCUAGGAGAACGAACCAGUUAUGUGGAAGAGCCACCGUCAACGACGACUACAUUGGAUCGGAGGGAUCGGAAAGCGGAGAAGGCGUUGGUCCGACGAAUCACAAAUGAAAUGCAAAUGGCCACAUAUGUCCAACAAAUUGAUUUAUCUGCAGUUAAACAGCCAGUCGGUGCCUACACUCAAGGAGUCUUCAGAAUCAGAAUGCUCCGAUUCGCAGAAGCAAUCCUCCGACGAGCAUUCUGGACACUCGGAAAGUUCAUUGCUAACCACAAACUAUUUUCAAUUUUCGUCGCUCUUGCCUGUUUUGCUAGUGCCUUUAUUCUUCCAUCCCUACACAAGGAUCAGAUCUUCAUCGAUCUUCCAUUUACGCACAUUCUCGGAUCCGACAGUGACGUCAUCAGCAAUGGAAUAGGAAUUACGCCUAAAAACCAAGAGUUUAAUUCUUCGAAUCCCGCAUUUUCGUGCAUGAAAUGGCGGGACAACAAUCAUUUUGCGGUGCUUCUCAAGACAAUGACGUCAAGAGAUACAAUCCUUCGAAAAGAUGCAGUUCUAGCAUACACAGCUUUGAAGAAAAAGUUAGAUCAUUUCCCCGUUGAAAAACGAGAAUUUAUGGUUCAAUGCUCUUUGGAAUGCGAGACUGAUAAGGAUAUGGUUGAUAGAAUUAUCAAAAAGAGUCCACAAGUCGCUCUCACAUAUCCAGAGACUUUUGUGAGCAUGAGCAAAGAUUCUACCAACUUGACACGUGUCUAUUUGGGUGCAUCUAUCGGAGGAGUCGAGACAGAUACAGAUGGAGCAAUUUCCAAAGCCACUUCUCUUUUGAUGAACUUUGAGUUGAAGAAUGAUUUGACCGGAAAAGAACACAAUUUUUGGCACAGGCAUUUUGAGGAGCAAACGAAGUUGACAGCUGCUUCGAAUAUUUCUCUGAUGUCUUGGUCUCCAGAAACAUUCAAAGAUGCUGUCGUUUCUUCCUUGAAAAAUCAGUAUUGGUGUCUUCAAUUCUGCUUCAUCAUCCUUUUUGUGUUCUGCCUUUUCGGAUCUUUUGGAAGCAAUGCGUAUCAGGUAGUUAUUUUCUGGCUAUCCUUCAAACCUGAAAGUUCUAUUUUCGUUUUAUUUCAGUCGAAGCCAUGUCUUGGCAUCAUGAUAUUCAUCACGAUAUCCGCCGUUUCAAUCACAGGUCUUUCAAUGCAAUUCUACAGAAAUCUUCCUGUUGAUCCAUUGGUUUAUCCCAUUUGUUUUGUCACCAUUGGUAUUGGUCUCCUGUGGUUGUUCCAAUUGCACUUCAGCUGGUCUCGAUACUCCUCGGCGGCUGUCCACCCGACUGAGAAAAUUGCGUUUAUUCUUGCUCACGAUGGUCCUGGAAUCGCUGCCAGCGCAGUCGUCAUUGUCCUGACAUUCCUUGCAAUGGGAGCAGCUAUUCAGAAUGGUCAUAUGGUAUCCUCGUUCCUUGGAAUCGCUUCUUCGGUUGCCAUUCUUUUGGUGUUCACUGUCUGCUUCAAUUCGGUGUUCGUAUUCGUCGGUGGAAGUCGUGAAGCCCGCGGAGUGAAAUGGUAUCAAAUUUUCAAAACCGGAGACACCCACUUCACAGCUCCUCAACUCGCUUCGUUCGACUCUGCGUCUCUUUUCUCUCUCCAUGAUCGUCUUCUGGAUUCUCGUCCGUGUGCUUCGAGAGCCGUCGGAGCAUUUGUGAUCAGUCCAAAGAUUAGAUACCCGAUUCUUGUUCUUUGUACCGCCUAUGUCUUCUUCGCCAUUUAUGGAUUCUACAACACAGGAAUUGAUAUCAAAGAGGAAUACUUCCUUCCAUCCGGAUCAUCAGAGAAAUCAUUCAUUGAGCAAUACAGGGAUCAAUUUGGAAAGACCACUCAAUUUGUGGAAUUAACCAUCGAAAGCAGUAUCGAGUACCAUGACCAUGAAGUUCAAAACAGUAUUUUUGAUAUAAUGGAUUUUGCUAUUGCCGAAGGAUACGCCACCCGAGCUGUCAACUGGCUAGCGGAAUUCGCGAAAUUCGAAAAAGCGAGCAUUUAUGAUGUGAAUCCGGACACCUUCGUGCCAGUCGUCAAUCUCGUCUUUCUUCCAUCCGAAACUUAUCGAAAAUACACUUCCGAUAUUGUUAUGGACCGAUUCCAAACUCAAAUUAUCAAAUCGAGAAUGUAUUUGGAGCUGACUGCCAAGGGAUUCGCCGAGAGAACAUCCUUCGUUGACAUGAUUCUGAAAAAAGCCGCUGCUAAAGGAAUCCCAUUUUCCGUUGAUAUCCCAGCUUCAAUGUCUCUUCGUCACGAUAUUAGCGUUUUCACUUCUGGAAUGGUUGCAUUCGGAGUUGCUAUUGUGAUGCUGUUCAUUGUUUCGUUGCUCCUUCUGGGUCAACCAGCUCUUACUGUCAUGCUCCUUAUCACUUCCAUCGCAGUGCUCGGUGAGACCGUCGGCUACGCCUACUACUGGUCCGUCCCAAUGAACAUUGUCACUCUGACCAUGGCUCUUGCCGGAAACGCUUUGACUUGCGUUAUCGUAAUGGCAUUCUGCUACAGCUACUCCAUGUCCGGGAAGUCUCAGAUCCGUGCUGGAGUUAGAAUUCAGUACACUUUCCAAGCCACUCUGAUCCCAGUUCUUUUUGCUUGCAUCGUCCCUGUUCUCACCUUCCUUCCAUUGCUCUACGUGGAUGUUCCAGUCGUCCAUCAUCUUUUUAAAAUUGUGGUUUUGAAUGCGACUGCUUCCUUGAUCCACUACCUCUUCUUCUUGCCGAACAUGAUGCUUGCCUUCUCCGAACGUUUUGGAUUCUCCUGCUCCUCAUUGAGCUGCGCCGAAUUGUGUUGCGACAUGGAUGACGAAUCUUCAAUCUAUUAUAUUCCAACUGGAGGUCGAGCUGUCCAUCCAGAAGGUCUUUAUCAUCAUCCAUCCUACACGUACACCGUUCCCAAACCACUAAUGAACGCUCCACCACCACACUACCUGGCAAUUGCUGCUCCACCAGUCAAUUCGAUUUACGGGCAGGCUGAGUAUGCAUCAAGAGGAGAAAUGAAGAGAGAGUCAAGAAGGCAUAGAAGGCAUAGUGAAUCAUCUGUUGGUGCAUCGGAAACCGAUGGAACACCAAGAAGGGAUCGAGAACGAGAAUCAAGACGGCGACGACAACGGAGAGCUGUUAGCAGGGAUAGCGAGAUUUAUGAGGAUCUUCCAAGCCCGAGAGUGGUAACAUCAUCCCGCUCAACAUCUCCACGUCGUCAACAACCAGGAAGUAUGCGUCGCCAGAAUCAUUCUGUUCCAUCAAAUCCACGUCCACAAGCCUUCCACUACGAGGAAGGUGCUCAAUGGCGUCCAUACGUUCAGCCAUCGCCAUACAUGUUCUAUCCGGGACCAGUUUAUGGACAACAAAGACGCUAA